AUGAGCGAAAAGAUUCACAUGAUUUAUAGGCAUUUAGCUGAAACAACUGACAGUCCCUAUUUUACUCAAAGAAUUAAUUUGAAUGCUAAGGGUUCCGAUAAUACCGAAGGUAUUAAGUUGAAUGCUGAUGGUUCUAAUAAUACUGAAGGUGUUAAUUUGAAUGCUGAAGGUGAUGAUAGGAAUGAUUACAAUUCGAAUUAUACCGUAAAUUUUAAUUUGGAUGCUCCCAACCCCGUUAUUCUCCUAGUAGGAAAAACAGAUUCAGGAAAAAGUUCUUUGAGUAACAUGCUUCUUGGUUACCCACAUAACAACAGAGGACCUUUCCAUGUUUCAUCGAGAAUGAAAUUUGUCACGAGAGAAUGUGGAACAGCAGUGGUGUCUAUAGAUGGCGUCAGAUAUAACAUUGUCGACACACCUGGAAUAUUUGAUAUCCAUCAACUUACAGAUGAUGUACUUCAAGAAAUUACCAACGCUGUCAAAAGAUGUGCUUAUGGAAAGCAAAGCGGUUUACAGCUGAGCAAAAGAAUGUUUGGAUGGACUAAGACUUUUUUUGGUGAAGAAGCAAUUCGUCAUAUCAUUGCUGAUAUAGACAAUCGUUGGGCUAUUUCUCCAAACCCUGAUUAUAUUUCACCAGAUGAUCCUAAUUAUAAAUUAAGAUUAAGAAAGAUUAAGUCAUUAAUCAGUGCAGAGGAAGAAAAAAAGGCAAAGGAAGAAUAUGAAUUAAAAUUAAAAGAGAGUGCAAAACAACAGUCUGAAGAGGUUCACCAACGUAAACUAGAGGAAAUUAAACAGGAAGGGUUGCAACAACAAUAUUUAGAUAGAGAAAGAGAUAUGGCACAAAGAUACCAAGAUAUGUUGGCGAUAGCAUAUAGUUCACAAAUGGUAGAACUCCAAGUUGGCGAUAAUGUUUGUAGUAAUGUCAAAAAUGGAAAACUUGAAUUUUCUGAGGUUUAUUUAAUAUCUCACCUCAGACAUCAUGAGUUUCCUUUGAAAAUGAUAAAGAUUGAGUUCACAAAUUUGGAUGGGCAAAAAGAUCUAUCAGUUUUGUAUGCUCAAGAUGUGAUACCUGGUGAAAAAAAAAUCUUAGUUUUGAACGAAAUGAAUGAACUUAUUCCUGUCAUAGUUGAUGAUUUAAUAAUUGAAAAAGACACUGGUUAUAUCAGUUUCUAUACACAUGCUGGCACUGUGAUUGCCAACAAUACCUUGUGUUCAUGUUAUGAUGAUUAUCCACUAUCGCAAGCUUUAAUGGACCUUGCAUUCGCGGCAAUUCGUUGGUAG